AAUCGUCGGUAUUAUGUACAAGUCGACUUCGCUUACUGUAAUCUGCAUUGUCGACUUGCUACUUGAGACUGGCAAUCAUUUUCAAGAUCCCACAUUCACAAAGACAAAGGAGAUUUUUUUACCUAUAACCGAGAAAACUUGGGCUUAAGUUCGACUUAAGACCUCACAUGAAACCGACCCCAGUUUUGAGUUGCGUUUUACUAUCUGUAGUCACCUUCAAUAAACUUCUCUCGGUUGACGGAGGAAUCUCUCGAACUGACAGGUGACAUGUACUUUGCACAUAAAUGGCGGGCAAGUCUUGACAUGUCUCCAAGAGUAUAAAUAUCACUUUCCGCACUUGACUUCUUUAUUAGGUGUGAGGAGUUAAUCGGGUGGACGGAAGAAGCGAUUGCCUCAUCUCUGACCGAUAACCUGACACUACUUGCCACUAGGCACUAGCUAUAUGACUAAAGACAAACUUUCAGCUAAAACUCUCAUAAUGUAAAACAUUGUAAAGUUGGCUAAACAGCCCGGCUAGCGCCUAACAGUGCGACCUGUCCCAGGUCUUCUCUUCGACGAAUGGCGUGGACAGCCUGACGACCCCUCUGUGCUCCUGUACACCAGCAGGGUCUUGUUGCAUUUCUACUUUUGUGUGUGCAUGCGUGCGUGCGUGCGGGCAUGCGCUGGCCUGUCAUAUCCUUCCUUUUUAGUACAGGCGAUUACAGUAUCAAGCUCUAACGGGGAAGCGAAAUUCAAGUUUCAAAUAAUGCAAAGCCCAGGAUUCUAGCAACAGGUCGCUUUGGAAAGAUCAGGGAACCGUACGUGGUGAAGUUGUUUGCAAGAGGACUGAGUAACAUCUGUUCGACUGGUUUAUUCUGAAGACAUUUCCGAAGAAAACAUCUUUCUUAGCAAGAUGUCGACGCUAGUCAGUGCUGAUACUUCUUGGAAGGUAUUUAACGAUCCUGUACACGGCCACAUCACUCUCCACCCGGCUUGCGUGGCCAUUGUCGACACACCCCAGUUUCAGCGACUGCGAGACAUCAAGCAGCUAGGGGGAGGCUACUUUGUCUACUCGGGCGCCUCACACAACCGUUUCGAGCAUUCGAUUGGGGUCUGCCACCUCGCGGGCAAACUUGUGAGGGCUCUGAAGGAAAGACAACCGGAGCUGAACAUCGACGAUAAGGAUGUGCUGUGUGUGGAGAUUGCGGGCCUUUGUCACGACAUGGGUCACGGCCCCUACUCCCACGUGUUUCCACAGCAUGUUCAUACCUCGUGCGCGAAGUGACCAGAGGCAGUGGAAGUAUGAAAAAGCCUCCUUGGCCAUGUUCGAUCAAAUGAUGAGCAAAAAUCCUUCUCUGAAGACUAAAUUGUUGACCAAAUAUAAACUGGAAGACAAAGACCUAAACUUCAUCAAAAACCUGAUUUGUCCCCCCUCGCAAGAUGAUGAGCAAAAAAAGUUUGAUGAUGAUCGAGACAACAAGAAAAGCUUUCUGUAUGAGAUUGUGGCCAACAAGCAGAGUGAGAUUGAUGUGGACAAGUGGGACUACCUUCUGCGAGACUGUCUCCACUUGGGCAUGCGCAGUAACUUCGACCAUGAUCGCUUCAUCUGCUUUGCUCGCGUCAUCAAGGUGCUCGGGAAAUACCGGAUCUGCGUACGUGACAAGGAAGAAUUUAGUGUCUACCAGCUGUUCCAAACACGACACUCGCUGUACAAGAAAGCUUACAGACACAGAGUGUGUAAUGCAGUGGAGAGUAUGUUUGUGGAAAUCUUGAUGCUUGCUGAACAAGUGCCUUUGAUUCCUGGAAAAAGCGGACAAUUAAGGACAGUCUCCCAGUGUAUUGAUGACAUGACAGCCUACACCAAUCUGACGGACUACAUUUUCCACCAAAUUCGCAUCAGCACGGGCGUCAACCUGAAGAAAGCCCGGGACCUUCUGCAGGCCCUGGACGAGCGAAGACUCUUCUGGUGCGUGGGCGAGAGCCGCCCCAUCGCCAAGAGCAAGUGUGAAAUUCUGAAUGAAGACAACCUCAUUGCCCUUGAUAAAGAAGAAAAGGUGAAAAAAAGCCUUAUGAAACUAAUAGAAGAUCUGAAAUUUCCACACAUUCCUGAGGAACGCAUUUUAGUCCAGGUAGUGACCCUUGACUUUGGAAAGAAAAAUCUCAACCCUCUGGCUAACUUAUGUUUCUACACCAAACAUAAUGUCAACUUGGCACAGCAUGUUAAUCCAGAGGAGGUGUCCCACUUGUUUCCAAAAGAACAGUUUCAGGAGCAGGUAGUGCGCGUGUACCUGAAACACUACUGGGACGAGGAGGAAAGACUGAUCGUCGAUCACAAGGAAGAUGCAAGUUUCGUCGGUAAAGCCUUCAAGCUCUGGUGCGAGAAAAACGAACUCGAGAAACCCAAACUGUUCUUCCAAGUCUGUCAGGUACCGAUCCAAGAGGAGGUAUGAACACAAAGCAGCGCCCUCUACUGUUGGCAACUUAGUUCGACUGUGUUCGACUUGUAUCCCAUUGUCGUUUUU